GCGGCGGUGGCUGCGGCUGCGGGCGGGCCCAUGGGCGCGGCGUGAGCGGUCGGCGCGGGGGCACAGGGGGCGGCGGCAGCAGCAGCAGCGGCGGCGGCGGGGCCGUCCCGUGCCGUGUCCCGUCCCGUCCCGUCCCGGUGAGCGCGGGCCGCCAUGGAGGUGUGCGAGAGCGGGGAGCGGCCGCCGCCGCUGCUGCUCUGGGACCGCAAGCUGAGCGAGCUGUGCGAGCCCGCCGACCCCGACGCGCUGCUGGGCCACACGCACUUCACAGAGUUCCUGGAUGAGUUUUCGCCAGAUGUCCUAGGCCAGCUCUUGAAUGAUCCUUUCUUAUCUGAGAAGAAUGAAAUAAUGGAAGUGGAAUUGUCUCCCGCUUCUCCAGCACCUCUCAUCCAGGCAGAGCACAGCUACUCUUUGUGUGGGGACUCUCGUCCCCAAUCUCCACUGACCCACAUCUCGACCGAUGACAACUUCAAUGAAGGUGAUCUGGAAAAUGAGGAAUGGUGUUUGGGUUCCGAACUGACUCCAACUACAAUAAAGACUGAGGCAGUGUUGUGCGAGACAGCAGGCCUUACUCCCUCUGUCAGUCUCACUGUCACCGCCACAUUGCUGGAGGGGGAACAACCUGAGCUACAGACUGAUGCCAUGAUGAAACCACUGAGCCAGAAAGUUCUUCCAGAGAUUAAAUUGGAGCCACAUGAAGUGGAUCAGUUCCUGAACCUGUCUUCUAAGGAAGCAGUGGAUCCUCUGCAUUUACCUCCAACCCCUCCCAGCAGCCAUGGCAGUGACUCUGAGGGUGGGCAGAGCCCAGCUAGGUCUCUCCCUCCUUCAAGCCCAAUCCAGCUACAAGCCACGGCUAAAGUGACAUCACGUACAACUUCAGCACUCUCCAAUUCUCCUCUCCUGACUGCGCCACAUAAAUUACAGGGGACUGGCCCACUCAUCCUGACAGAGGAGGAGAAGAGGACACUAAUAGCAGAGGGAUACCCAAUCCCUACUAAACUGCCCCUGACGAAAGCAGAGGAAAAAGUACUGAAGAAAAUCCGCAGGAAAAUAAAGAACAAGAUCUCUGCUCAAGAAAGUAGAAGAAAAAAGAAAGAAUACAUGGACAGCCUGGAAAAAAAAGUUGAGACCUGUUCCAAUGAAAAUAGUGAGCUGCGUAAGAAGGUUGAAGUCCUGGAAAAUACUAAUAGAACGCUUCUGCAGCAGUUACAGAGACUCCAAGCCAUAGUUGCUGGGAAAGUGUCCCGUUCGUGUAAGGCAGCUAGCACACAGACAGGGACCUGUCUUAUGAUGGUAGUGCUGUGCUUUGCGGUAGUUUUUGGCAGCGUCUCUCAGAGCUAUGGGCCCUAUCCAUCUGCCACAAAGAUGGUGUUGCCCAGGCAGCAUUCCUCGCCGGAGUCGUACACAGACUCUGUUGUGAGGUCAAGGAGUCUGCUAAUUUAUGAAGAGCCUCACCAACUGGAGGAGUCAUCAAGCCCGAUCUCCUUUGCAGAUCGCAACGACAGACACGCAGACACCUCCAAAUAUACCGCCCUGUCUCUGGAAGCCGUGCCGAGGGGACAGCAGGAUGAUAUCAUGCAGUUCACAAUAGCCAAUGAGACGAGGCUAGAGAAGUCAGUGCUGCUGGGCCUGCAGCAACACAGGGUCAGCUCAGAACUAGAAGGAAAUGAAACACUGAAGAUAAUUGAACUAGACAGAAGAGUCAAUGCCACCUCUUAAAAACAAACAAAAAAAAGCCUUUUUUUUCACUUUCCCCUUUUCCUCCAUAUUUUCAACCAAAGGUGCCCCCUUCCCUACCCCCUGCCUCCCCCCCACCAACUCUGACUUGUCAUCCUCAGUGAACCAAAGCACAAAAGAGAGGGAGUUCAACUUCUGCAUUGACUGGUGUGGCUGUGACUGCAGAUGGGAUCUCAUGUCCUUGUAACUCCCUUCCUCACUUAACAUACAAUCCCUGUCUUUGCUUUUAUUCCUUUCCUGUCUGAUGCUGCAAGGACAGGAUUGAAUUAUGAUGGCAGGUGAUGCCAGCAGUAUGCUGAUGAUUGAUCUGUGUGUGCGCAUGCACACGUUCUAAUCUGAGCACAAAGACAUUCUGUAGAAGAGUGGGAUAUGCAAAAUCGAUGGGAGCAUGUGGGUUAGGUUACCUGGGAGAAGGAAAUGAAGAGAAAUAAGAGUUGUGACAUGAUGCUGCUCAGAAUCAAGCCACAGCUCUGUGCUUGCUGGCCUGUAACACUUGAACCUUUUUGAGGGGAGUGAGAGUUGUGUUCACAGUCUGCUUCUGAAGGCACAAGAAUGGACACACACUGGGCCAACAGCACAGGCAGGAGAGGGAUGCACAAUGAGUGCUGAAUUGUCCUCUUCUAUCUCUUUCUCUCUUCUCCCUUCAGCCCUUCAUCAUUUAGUGGGUUAGGUUUCUCUUUGGGUUGGAAGUAUUCCCGGUAGGUUUCCCUACUGCUUUUCCAAGCUUGUAGAAUUCAAGCAAAGAUCGGUCACUGUCUUGUCACACUUUGCCUAUGUGGGAGAAUUACACAGGUUUAACUAAAUCUGUUUAGAAAGCAGGUUUUGUUAAAUUUGUGCAGCGUUUUGGAUGGAUGUCCUUUAGUCUGCUUAAGGCUAAUUUAUUUAGCUUAAGUCAAUUCCUUGCCAACAUAAACGAAAUCAAUGGAAGGCUUAAACAGAAGUGCCUUAUGAGAAGACUAUGUGGAUUUAAUUUAUUGGCUUCUAGAUGCAUUGAUGGAAUUUCUCAUGUAGACAUGGUUUCAGAUUGUUCUGUGUUUUUUCCUUUCCUCACCGCCCUCCUGUUACUGUUGUAAAUAGUAUUUAUUAGCUUUGCAAGAUUUUGCUCAAGCAGCUGCAAUGAAGAGACUAAAACUUUCCUAACCCUGCAAGUGGUUUGGUCUGAACCAGAUACACAAAAAUCACUGACCACCACUCCCUCCCUUAAGUUUUAAUCCCCCAAAGUAAAUGUUAGAAAGUCAUGAGUUUCUUCUUCCUCCUGUCUCCUUUUCCAGAGACACAGGAUCUUAGAUGAGCCACUUAGCCAAAAAGAUAGAGGUAUCUGUAGUCCCUGCUAGGCACAGUUCAGACUUGUACAGCAUGGUGAAGAUGCUGAUGCUGAACAAUUGUAUGGCAAGACAGUCCCUGAGCUAAAAGGUUGAGUACGUAGACAGCAGACAAGACAGAAGAGGGAUGGGAUAGGCACAUAAAGGAGAUUGAGUGACUUGCCCAGGAUUAGUGGAAAAAACAAGAGUGGUAUUCAAGUCUGAUCCUGGUCCUGUGCUGCUCUUACUCUGUUAUGUUUCCUUGGAAGCACCAUGUUGUCCCUUUUAGCUGCUGCCUUUGGGGUUUCUCCCUCUCUCAGUACCCUGGUCAUGCCUUUGCCUGGGCUGUGCUUCUGCUCACAAUUUGUCCUUGGAGUGGCGCAGUCAAACCUGCCUAGGAUUUCCAGCAGGUUUUAUCUAAUUACUACAAGAGGGCACUCAGACUCCUCAAAGGAUGGGUUUAAUGUGGAAACCCUAAUUCAACAGGCUGAUGUGGCAGAAAAAUGCAAUUAAAAUUUUUUUUGACUUUUUUUUUUCCUCUCAUGAUAAGGGAAGAACUAAUCUAGCCUUACAAGUCUUUUUUUUUUACAUGUACAAUAGAUAUUUCCUGCAGGUAUUCUAUUUUGUACUGGAUUUGUAUUUUAUUAUAGCUACUGCCACACUAGCUCCCUUCUUAUUCUUCAUGCUCCUUUCAUAGACUUCUUCCUUUGCUAUCCUGUUUGCUUGCCUCUGUGUCUAAUUCAAAACUGAGUGAAAUGAAUGGAGAGAAUCCAGUGGAUUAGUUGGCUUUGAAGCAGUCCCCACAGUGCCAAAGGUCUUUCACAUCAGUGAGUGGAAGAUGCACCUGAUUCCAUGAACUAAUAAUGAGUUUUGGUGUGCAGACAUGCUUUUGAGAUUAUGCCCUCUUUGCCUAUACAAGUGCCUUUUUAUUAUUUUACCUUUGGUGGCAGUGACAAGAAAAUUGCCACUGUAGUCCAUCUUGCAAGAGUUCCCUUCCCAGAAUGGGUCAGUAUCCUUCCUAAAGCUUCAUCUUUACAGUGAUUCUGUUCGAUCCUCUGCAUGUAUUUUUUUUUUUUUUUAUGCAACGAUUUAAGGCUCCAUGUUAAUAAUGAACCACUGGUAGGUGUGACUGAGGGUGAGACACAAGGGAUGGCAGCAUUGUUUAACCACACGAGGUCAGCAAAGUGAAAUGAGAAAGCUGGGUCUGACCCUUUGACUACCAUAUGGCUAGCCAGCAUAAGGGGGCAAUGUCAUAGGUGAGAAAAUUAAACAACCUUGUGUGUUUGUUUUUUUCAGAGCACCCACAGUUUGCCACCUCUGAGUAAAAUUGUGAAUGCUUCAGACUUUUGCAAAAUAGGCCCAGGUUGUCAGGCACAGCGCUACUCUUUGCUAAUCUUGCUACUUGUACUGUGCAUAAAUGGAAGGCCAGUCUACCUGAGCUCAUACUCAUUACCCAGUUUAAUGUGUAACUGGAUCAUGUCCCAUUGCAGAGGUACAGCUAACUCCAGUGUAAAUAAUAAUAAUAAUAAAUUAUUUCCUAGUAUUCCUAGGAAUGGAAAACAUAACAAAAAACAAACCACGUCCCUCCCUGAAACCUACUGCAUUAGUCACCAUUGAAGCUUUGCCUUUCUUGUUUGCUUAAUUUGGACAUGUUCAACGCUGAUUGGGAAAGCCACAUUUUCGUCUGAAGCAUUUUACACCGGUCAUAGUCUGGAUCAGGCAACUGAAUUAAAUCAUUUGAACCUAUAUGGCAAUAUUGAUAUUUUUGUUAGUGUUUGAUAAUCUAGUUCUAUAAUCUUAAUUUCUCUCAUCCUUUAAAUUAUUUCUAGGUACUCUUUUGGGAUUGCUUUAUCUGUCAUGCACAUUGUUUUGGGGUCUGUUUUUAUUAAAUAUAAUUUCUUCAUAAUAAGGGAUUGCCUUUAAAAACCUAUGCUUUGUUACGUUUUUGAUGAUCUUUCUUCAGGGCUUUUAACAGAACUGGUUUCUCUUAGACAGUAGAGGACAAAAUAUCUUUUGAGAUUGCCUAUCCAUGUGCUUUUAUGCAACAAGGACCUCAUAAUCUCCAGAGUUAGUUCUGCCUGUGUUAAGUACCUAGCAUGAGGGACAGAAGAGGCAGGCCACAUCCAGUUGCACUGCAGAACCUCAGCAAUCCAGCUGUGGGCCGAGGGUUGAUGCGCUGCAUCCUACGCAGGAUGGGUGCUCUAGGUGCUCUGUAUUAAGGGUAUAGAGGAGCAGUGAGAGGUAUCCAGGGAGAAUACCAGCAUAAGUGCUUUUAAUUAGCUCAGCUAUAUUAUUUGAGGUCUUAGCCUUCUGCCAGUAUAUUUUUUCCAGUGGUCGGUAAGCAGGGUAAUGUUUAUGUAUGCACAGUGUAGGAAAAGGCCUUCCAUGCUACUUAAUUGCCACCUCUAUUAGAAGACUUAUGUGAUCUUUAGUAUCUUUAGCUGAACCCUUAGGCUGGUCCUCAGCACGAUUUUUUUACCUGCUAGUAAACUUAGCUUUUGGCCCAUAGCAUUAAAAUAUGUCUAGAUCUGUCAGCUCUUUGCUUCUAGGGAGAUAAGCUAUGAAGGAACGUAGGGCAUUAUUUUUUUUUAAUAUAUAUUAUAUAUAUAUAUAUUUAAAAAUAUCAAGUACAGGGCUCUAAUCUUGUUACCAGUGCGUAGAUAAUGUAUUUUUGCUAGGCUAUUUAUAGUUCUUUACUGCACUUCUCUUGUUUUAUCUGUACCAUUCAAUAUUUUUCAGAAGCACGGACUAAUAGUGGAUUAAGCUGAAGUUCUUAGACCAGAUCCCAGCUGAUACAAUGCAGCGUGCUUCUCACUUACAGUUUUUAGAGGCUGUAGACUUGAUACUGGCAGGCGACCUCUUCCAUAUCUCUCUGUAUAACAAUGUAUCACAAUACAAGCUUAUUCUUGAUUUCUCUGAUGUGAAGCUGAAAAUGAAUUAAAAACUUUUAUUUUCUUUUUUCCCCUUUCCUCCUGCUAAUAAACCAACAGCCCUCUACCCCACCCCACCCCACACUGUCAGCAAUGAAUUCUGUCUAGGUGCUUUUAGAAGGUAGGUCAAGCAAUGACUGAUGUUAAUUGCAACAUUGGGAGGGAUUUCCGCAGAGCAUUUGGGCUCUAGAUUUUAGCUAAUGCCAAGAGGCCAUUGUACAAAACGCACGCAGCUAAGAAGUAUAUGGAGUAUUUUUAUACUCUUAGUAACAAAAAUAUUUCUUUCUCAAGUCACUAAUUAGAAAGGGAACAUUAUGUAUUUUGAAGGUGAUAUGGUAGGUCAGUACUUCAUAACUGCAGAAGUUAUAUUAGCCUAUAUAAGUAGUGUAGAGCUGUGAUACUGUUGCUUUGCACUAUAGUGUUAAGAACAAAUGCCUUUGAGGGUUGUAAAGACGAACUGGCUUAUGCAUUGAUGUAUUUACAAAUAAGAUAGAAGGAUUCAAUCAGAAUACUGUAGCUUUCUCAUGGCCAAUAAAAUGACAGUGGACAUACUAGGAUUGCACCCUCAGCAUCUCCUUGCGAGUAUUGCAUUGCUUAAUCAGCAGCAGUUGGAGAUUCUAGCACCGAGAGUGGAACUUCCACUUGUGCUUCUGAUUUUCAUGUUAGCCCUGCUUUGCUUUAGUAGGUAUAGACCUGAACUGACUUCCUGCUUUGAAAAGAGUGCAUCUUUCAGGGAACUCUCACUUACGAUGUUGAAAUGGAGUUUGAAUAUUGUUUAAGUUAUUACCAGUAAUCUAGUAAUAACCAGUAAAGCCCAUGUCCAUACUUUUCUUCCCAGAGUUGGGAUUGAAUAGGUGAGAACAAAACAUGGGAAAGCUAUAGUUACAGACCUGCCUUAAAGAAAUGAUGAAAGAUAUAGAUGAAGGUAUUCUUGACAUGACAGACUUCUCAGUUCUUAAUUUCUUAAAUCGGGAAUAAUGGUCUUUUUUCAUUAAUUCCUCUUGCCUUUUUUACCUUCUUUUCCCCUUGCUCUUUGACACUAUGAAGUCCUUUUUAUAUAAAACAAAUGUCUAACUAAUCUUUAUAAUAUAUUUCAUUUUCCUUUCCAAUACAGAUUUAAAAAAAGAAAAUCUUUAGCAACCCAUAAAUAGGGCAGCAGAGGGGAGAGAGGGGAAAACAGAGGCAGGUAGUCAAAUUUUCUUUUGUUAACAGAACUCUGUUCUUACCUGACUUCUGUCAUAUCUGAUUCUAAUUCAGUGGUCUUGUAGUAACGGCAUCUUGCUUUCUUCAUUUGUAUAGUUAGCAGGAAUGAGUGUGAGUGUGUGUGUGUGUGUGUACAUGUGCAUGAAGAGCAAUUAAAAAAAACCGUAGAAGAUGUGUGUUUUUUUUUUUUAUGUAGUAAGUGUUACUAAAUAAAGGCAUCUGCCUGAACACACAGCACACAUUCCCCUUGGUGCGACAGAAAGUCCAGAUGUUUCCUUCUGAAACCUGGUCACAUUCCACGCCGCCAAACAUUCAUAAAGCAGUCAUGUGAAUUGCUGUUGAGGUCUAUCCUAUUAGCUACUGUUGACUGAGAGUUGUUGCACUGUGUCAUUUUGUGUGUAUGCAUGGACUGUCUGGCUUUUCUGUAAGACAGCUGUGUCCCAGUACAAGAAAAUUUAGUAGGCUUUAUUGUGUUCAGCCUUCAAGUGUCAUUUUUGUUUAGUGGAAUUCCAACUUUGAAUGCUUUUUUUUUUUUUUUUUUUUUUUAAUGCUAUAAGUUAGAUAGUCAAAAGGAGCGACAAUUCAAGGAACACAAUUUGUUGAAGUGGUCUUCUGCUAGAGGACCAAAGGAAUCCUGCUUGCGUGGGAGUGCGACCACUCUAACCACCCUGCAGGCACAGUAUGGUGCAAGUGAAUGGGGUCAGUUUGCCCUCAGAGGGCCACACAGUGCUGUAAAAACAUCGCGGUUUCUCUGAGAUUUGCAGAACCUUCCAAAGGGCAAAUUACCUGACUGUGUGCUUGAAGAAAAAUAAGUUUCUGGGGCCAAAAAAUGUUGCCUUGGGCCAUCAAAAACAAGACCCUGUGACUCCGAGUCACUCUGUGUGUGACACCCCUAAAGCAUUUCAGCUGAUCUUUCCUUCCUCCCUCCCUCCCCCAUUUAUGUUGAUAGAGUAUGGUUUUGUGCAAACACUUGGACAAAACUCUCUAAGUUAAAAAGGACAGUGAUAUUGAAUUGUGCAAAAGCAUAGCCACCUAAAUUCCUUGGUAAACUGCAUUGGAGCCUCUUCUGGCUGCCGGUAUUUCUGUUCCUUUGCAAAAAGUCUGUUAAGCUCCAGGUAUGUGUGUUCAAUGGCCUCUCUAUUUUUGUACAAGCACUGCUCAUCUGGAUAUGUUCCCACCUGAUUGUUCACACUGCAAACAUGUCCAUUGGGUGUAAAGAAAUUGCUAUUUUUCCUUUUAAAUCGUUUGCUUAAUUCUACAAGAGAACAGACUACCUGCUUUUGUAGCCUAAAUACAUAUGUAGCUAAGUAAAGUAUGUUAUGCUUUUCAUUUCUUGCAAAUAAAUAUUUUCUGUAGAAAAAACAA